AUGACUGCUGAACCACCAAGAAUGACCAUCUCAGAACGUCGAGCAACUUAUCCUUUACAGGAACGCAUAAAAAUAUACAAUCCCGAUACAAUGGCACGCAAGCUAAAUCAAUUAGACAAGCAGCCCAAUAAAUUAGUUGUUCAUGGUGUAAAUAUCCUCAACAAAAUCAGCAUCGAUAGCGAUACUGCUAUGAAUCGCAUCAAACAAAGAAGAGAAACUCACAAUCGAGUAGAGAGAAGACGCAGAGAUAACUUGAACACACUUGUAAAUGAACUUUCUGAUCUUGUGCCAAGAAGUUCCAUAGAAAAGAGUGGAGGCGAAAAGUGCCAUCGGGCCAAAGUGCUACGAUAUGCUAUCGAAUACAUUCAGACUAUCCAGCAAGAAAAUGAGCAAUUGCGCCAGCAAUUAGGGUUAUCUGCUGCUUCCACACCUCCAUCACCAUCAGCAUCCUCGCCACAAUCUACGUCGUGCUCCUCGGCGGAGGAUUCCGAUACCCUGCCCAUCCCAAAGACAGCUAUGCUUUAUGAUGGCCAUUUCUAG